AUGUGCACUACAAACAAUCUUCAGUCAGCUCAGGAAGAGCUUUAUGAGUUUAUAUGGGAAACAAACGAGCAUUGUGCAGAACUUUGCAAACCUGGUGCAAGCAUUCGGCAAAUACACAAUCAUUCGGUUGAAAUGCUCCAGAAAGGACUCAAGGGGAUUGGAAUUUUGAGAGGUGUUCCAAGCAGUGCCUACCAUUCACUGAACCCCACUUCUAUCGGUCACUACUUGGGAAUGGAUAUGCAUGAUUGUUCAAGGAUCAGCUAUCCUCUCAAGCCUGGUGUUGUCAUAACUAUUGAACCAGGAUUACACAUUCCAUUUCAUUUUGAUGGUGCAGAGAGGAACCUACUGAACUCAGAGAAUUUGCUCAAACUUCAAAUUAAAUUGUCACGUAUUGGUACAGUCCUGUACCUACUCCUCUAG